AUGGACGAAGAAUCCUCAACAGAAGCUUCACGGCGCGAUAUCGCCAAACGCGUGUCUCGAGCUUGCUUGCAUUGUAGACAGCGCAAGUCUCGAUGCGACCUAGACUCCAACGGUAACCCAGGCAAACCGCCAUGCCAGCGCUGCGUACGCGAGAACCGCGAAUGCAUACUAGGUGGAUCAAAUCGUGGAGGUCGUCGAAUCCGAAAGAACAAAAUCAAAAACUUUACACCCGCCAGUCACUCGCCAAGCAAGGAUUCCGAGGCAUCAAGCCCAACCAACUCUGAAAACCAGAGAGUGCAAUCGGCAUCCUAUCCCGGGCCGGUAGUCUUCUUGCCGCCUAACCCACCGGCACCAGCCUCAGCAUCCGUCGGGGAAGAUGAUACCUCCAUAUCGUCUGUCCCGCGCAAUCCCUCCGACGCUUGGCAAUGCUUAACCGGCAUCGCCACGGAAAGCAUGGGGACACUCCCCGUGCCCCAUAACGACCAUGUUCGGUCGGAGUCAACGGCAUUUCCAACGUACAACAGCCUACGCAAUGGCGUCGUCCCGGACUUUAGCAAUCCAACCACCGGCAUCAAGGCCUACAGACUCGUUCAAUCGUGCGCCCUAGACCCAGAAACGGUGUGGCAAUUGAUCUCUCGCUAUGCGGAGAACUUCCAUCAGUAUCUUCCCCUUGUGCCGCGGAAGUAUUUUACGCGCGCCGCCCUAGAUGCCUUUGCCGCGAAUGAAAAGCACCUGCUCACGGCAGUUCUGACGAUCGCCUCCAAGGACUUGGUCGAUCAGCCCGAGAUCCACGAGUACUGCUCGAAGUACAUGCACGAGCUGAUCUCCGGAAUCGCCGCGGGCGCGGAGUGUGAUGUUGAAGCGGUUGAAGCGCUUCUAUUACUUGCCGAGUGGGAACCGCAGGGACUGCGACCUCGCAUCGAGCGCGUGGGACGGGGAGAGGAAGACCGCGCUGCGUGGAUGCAUGUUGGGCUUGCGUUGCGCUCGGGUUAUUUCAUCGGCAUGGAUCGUACCUCUUUCCGCGGAGAUCCUUAUGGUGACCAAGAGAGUGAGGCUCGUCGGCGGCUGGCAUGGGCGAGCUGCUAUGUCUCUGACCGAUUGAUUUCUGUGCGCAUUGGACGUGCUUUCUGGUCUCGUGGCCCGGGGCCCAUGACUGGUCUAGUCAGUCAGGACUUUCCGUCGUUACAGCCGGUUAACGAGGGCGAGGAGGACUAUGCGAAGAUUUUUCAGGCGAUGUUGGAUCUUACGCAGCUUUAUGGAAAUGUACAUGAGGUUUUGUAUUCGGGGAUGCGUACUAGUAACCAGAUGAUGUUGAUGGGAGACUACGUUAAAUAUGUGGAUGACUUCCGUCUGGCGAUUCUACGGUGGAAGUCACUUUGGGGGUCAUUGGACUGCUCACCCCCUAUGCGAGCAACACUACAGUUGUCAUACGAGUACUUGCGUCUGUAUACCACGGCUUUCGCGUUCCAAGCUGCAAUCUCGCAGUCGCUAGUCAAACCGAAAACAGACCUAGAGGGUCAGCGAGAACAUCUACGGUCGACAUUCAAGAAUGUCGCUUCGAUGCAGGAUUCGCGGUUCAUUUAUGAAUCCGUUGAUGCAGCUAAAUCAUACCUGACAAUCCUUGUGGACCUGGUAGAUCCUGAGAAGCAUCUCCAUUUCAUGCCUCUCCGCUUCUACUUAUAUGGCAUCUACUCUGCCGUUUUCCUUUACAAGGCUCGUUCCUUCGGAAUGAUGGUCCCGUCAGAAGAAGCAAAAGUACAAGGCCUAGUUGGCCGAACCACCGAAGUUCUGAAGCAAGCAAGCGCCGGUGCUGAUGACGUUGGGGCGCGCUAUGCUCGUCUUCUCGAGCUUCUGUGGAAGCCCAAAUCGACCCCCGCAGAGACACAGCAAAACAGUGACUUCUCACUGCAAACAGCUCUCUCGAAUCCGGUCGCAGACCCAGGUUACAUGCAAUUCAGCCCCGCGAAUGACUUCUCAUGGCUGGAUUUAGAGGCUGUUGGUGAUUAUGUAUCCGGGGAUCAGAUUUCGAAUGGCUUGUUGGGGCUGGACGCAUUCCAGAAUAGCGAUAUGUAUCAAGGAGAGCCACGGUCGCAGUCCUGGCAGCCAUCUGCUUGGAUGGGAGAUAUGAGCAGCAACCUUCUCUUUUAA